GAGGGAUCUUCUAUGUACAAGCUAAUUUCUCGUUUAGCCAUAAGCAUCUCAGUCGCCUUAACAACCCCUUACUACGAGCGAAUAUAUUUGCAUGUUUUACUGGUUGUCACUACAAACAAACGUAAAAGAAAUUUCUCGCAAUUACACUGCCCCCUAAUGCACUCUCCUGUAACAUUCCUUUACGAAAAUUCCUCAGGAUUAUAAUUGCUUGUAACAGAUUAAGAUAAGCCAAGACAUUAUUUUACAAGAAUCCCACAUUCCCUUCGUAUCCCUCUCCCUAUUAAUUUCAGCACUAGAUAUAUUUUACUGCAAUUCUAUUCUUGCAUUUUUAGUAUUAAAAAAAGAAAAACAAACUAACAAGAGACAUCCUUUGUAGAACAAAAAGGAGGGGCCAAUUGAGGGUACAUAAACGUUGAUGAAGCACGUUGGAUGAUUUAGAUUUGCUUCGAGAUUAAUUAAGGGACGCACGCACCCUUGGAUUGUUCUCCUGAGACUCACAAAACAAAAUAUCCAAAGCAUAAUUUAUUUUUUGUGCUACUAAUGCAAAGG